CGAUUCACUCCGACCGGCCUCGGCAGCGGCCGAAAAUUGUACCAGUCAACACUGCGUCGCUGGAGUCUUCAGUUGUCCGCACCAAGUCGUCGCGACGCUGUGCCUCCGAACAGGAAAUUCCGUUUUGCAGUGAGCGCGGUAAAGUUUGUGCGUUCAAAAAUCGCGAUUCUCCGAGAUGACAGUGCCAGAUAUCGACACGUGAGCAUGGAGGAUGAUUAAAUCCGGCCGCAUCAGCCCGAGAUCUUGUUGUUAUUGGUGAUAUUGGAUGCGUUUAUUGACGAUCGUUGGUGGCAGUGCUGGCGUUUGAUAGUGGUGACCCAUCUAAUUUCGUUAUGUGUUGUGAACUUUGCCAACUUGUCUUUGUGCCAAAAGUGAAAUAAUUCCGGCCGGUGUAUCCCAUUCAGAUGACAAGCAUGUCCUGGUUUAUUCCUGCGAUGGAUUGGAAGCUGCUGUGCUGCGUGCUACACAUUUUAUUGCAAGGUGCACUCUCCUUGCACUUGGUGGAACUUCGUAUACCAAGCCCAGUGGUAAGGAACCAGAAUGCCCGCCUUGAGUGCCACUUCGACCUGGACGAUGAGACCCUGUAUUCCGUCAAGUGGUAUAAGGACGGCAAUGAGUUCUAUCGUUACGUACCCCGUGACAUGCCACCUGCUCAAGUCUUCCCUCUUCCGGGCGUCACGGUCGAUAUUCACAACUCCAGCGAAAACGUUGUAGUUUUGUCUUCCGUUCAACUCUCUACCAGCGGUGUUUACAGAUGCGAGGUCUCUGGAGAGGCUCCCUCCUUUCAAACCGUCACCGAACAUGGGGAGAUGAUGGUCGUAGCAUUACCAGAAGAGGGUCCUCGAAUAUCAGGUGGCCGUCCCCGCUAUCAAGUUGGCGAUACGGUCCGUGUGAAUUGCACAUCGGGCCGGUCAAAACCUGCCGCCAAUUUGAAAUGGAUGAUCAAUGGAGAGCCGGCCGAUCCCAAGUUCCUGAAGCCGCAGAAGAAGAUCAUAACAGGGCGCGAGGGCCUCGAAACAACCAUCCUGGGCCUCGAAUUCGUGGUGCGUCAUAAGCACUUCAAGCGUGGGGAUAUGAAGCUCAAGUGUGUCGCGUCCAUCGAAAGCGUUUACUCACGCAGCAAUGAAGAGAGCGUCGAAGGAGAGCGGCCGCAGAGAGCUUCGGUCUUGGAAAGUCGCGGCACGGUGGCUCCGGCUGGUUCCAGAGCUGAUAGAGUGCAAGCUGCAGGAAGUCGGAAAGCAUUUCUUCCUCACGUUUCCCUCGUCGCGAUGUGUUGUUUUUUACUCGCAUUAUCUCCAAGGUAAUUGUGUUCUCUCUAUCAGCUUUUCGCUAAUAACAGAUAUUCGUGGAAGCCAAAGACACCUGUGUGAAGUGAUAUCAGUUAUACUGUUGCUUUUUACAUUCCUUUAAAACUGCUAUAUUUGUUUUGUUAAAGUUUCUGUUCUAUGUAUAAUGUAGUUUCGUAUGGCACUAAUUUGAGGAAAGAAAUAAGUUUACAUUAUUAUUUUGGAUCUAUGUUAAAAGUGUAACCAUUUACUCUUGUACAUAAUCUAACUAAUAAAUGUUUCCAACAAUCAAAUCAUUCUUCUAGUCGUUAUCAUUUCGGGCAUCGAACAGGCCAUUUUUAUCCAUAAUAUUAAGCAUCAUAUAGACUAAUGUAAAUUUAAACGCUUCAUUCCCUCAAAAAAAAGAAAAAACUUAGUUUGUUACUGAAUCAUCGAGGCGAAUUGAGCAUUUAAAUAUUGUCAGCACAGACUGUCACUGUAUUGAUAAAUUUCUCCUUAUGAUCAAUAUAAUAUCAUGUUAUCAUUUCUGAAUACCAAAUUUUAAGGCUAGUCUGUUUGUAAAAAAUACGUUUAUAAUUUUAGGGAAGAUUGUAAAAAAACUUAUCUCGAAGUGUUAUGUGCAUAUCAGGAAGACACAUUAGCGCUUAAGGUUUAACUUUGAUAAUGCACUUAUUUGAAAUCCAAGUCCUGAAUGAAUAUUUGUGGCAAGGUAAGUUUUGGAAAAAAAUUAUUUACUUGGAAAUAUUAGUUCCUACCGUUUGCAAUAUUUUUCAUAUCGCUGCAGUCUCGCAAAAUUUAUCUUGCCAGUACUUCAUGUCACAUUACUUUAAAAUAAAUCCCUGUGAUGAAAAAGUUGUAAGGUUGACGACGAGGUCAAUUGAUGGUUAAUUAGUGCGAGUCGAACGACCGAACUGUCAUUCGUUCGACUAUAACUAAAUUAAAUUUAUAUGUAGCGAAAAAUAAUUUUAAAUAUUGUGUAAUUAUAACUCUGAGAAUUAACUAAAUGUAUAUAUAACGCAUGAGUAUUGCUGUAACAGUGUUAUUGAAUUCGAACCGAGAAUUGAUCGGGGACGAUUUUCCGCGGUUCCAGUUCAAAUCCUAACAGUUUAAAAAUUACACUUAUAUGUAUUUUAUUUUGGAAAAAAUAAAAACGGAUUAUGAUA